GGACUGAAGUGCACAGGUUCCAUUAGGUAAGUAGGUACUUACGUACAUACCUACAUUGUAGGUCGGGUCCCCAUUAAGUCAGGUACAUGCAAGUACGUUAUACAUCUACUAGUAGGUAGUAUGUUUGGGCCCAACAGUGGGUGCGCGUAAAAUGAACGAUGAAAAAAAAAAGGGCCAAGGCGAAAACAACGAACUGCACAAGGUCAUUCAUUCUACCAUUUCACUGUCCGGCUAGAGGCAGAGAGAUUGAGAUUGGUAAUUAUCCAAGUGGUUAGGGCAGUUACUUAGUACAGGACAGGGUUGUAUCUUGUACUUAGUAGUAUGCGCCAUGCUGUGUGAUCGUUGGUCUGGUGGUAUCCCAUGCUCUACCUGUAACUUGAUCAACACAAACCAGCUUCUUGGUUCCCAAUCCCUGUUAUUUGUCCCGGCUUGCUUACACUCUUACACUCCUUCAUUCCUCGGGGCUGCUCUGGUGCUGUCACCAUUUUUUCCCUCUUCAUUUUCUUCUUGUUCCGACCCCUACGCUACACCUUACCUGCUACCCAGUGUAGGCACAGCUAGGACCGGCCUGCUGUGGUGGAAAUCGGGUGUGUGCGUUUGUGGCUUCAUUUCUUUCCACUCCUUUCCCUCUUUUGGUCCGCGCCACAAAUCCAUUCUAUCGUUCGUGUGUGUGCCCGUGUCUCAAGAGGCCCAUACAUAUCUUGCAGUGGUACCAGCAACAUCGAUUGUAGCCAGGAACCUCUUACACAAUCCUUUCAACUUUGUGUACCUCGAACCCUCUAGUUCUUGCACCACCAUUAUCCUCCACUGUGCCCUGGGCGCUUGCAUACGUUUUACUCGCAUUACACUUGCAUAUAUCCGCCCACCGGCCUUCGUUUAUGCAUUCCUUUGUCACCCUCGAGUCCAAAGUAUUCUAACCGACUGGAUGCCUCAGCUCGCCUCGGGAUCCCAUCACCUUACUCCAUCCUGUACUUUCGUCACUUCUUGUCUCAAGCCGUUUAGGCUGAGACACACUUCGACUCGCCUCUGCCUUGUCCAGACGUUCAAUCCGGUCCCGUAUCUCGUGCCCGCUCUCGUCUCCUCGAAUCCGACUAUCGUUAAGAGCAUGGAUGGUCCCUGACCUCUGUUGAUAACAUCAUCCGCUUCGGCCUAUAUUGUCAUAGUGGCUAGUAACCCGACGAUUAAACAUCUGGAAACCGAGUCCAGCCGCACACUCACUGCUCAAAGGAGGGUUUUGCACACUACGAUAUCG